AUGGAGGUCGUCGAAGCGUGCGAGAAGGCGAACCGCAGCCUCUCCCUCCCCUAUACUUUGAGCUCGAAGAUGGUCAUCAAGCCGGAUCAACUAAUCAAGCGCCGAGGAAAACAAGGAUUGGUCGUUAUUGGAAACAUGAGCGAAAUCAAGGAGGCUUUCGGCAAGAUGCAGGAAGGGGAACGCGAGAUUGAGGGCGUGCGUGGCUCUUUAGACACUUUCAUCGUCGAAACUUUCGUCGAGCAUAAGCCGGAACAAGAGUUUUACGUGGCGAUUAUGAGCAAGCGUGAUCACGAUGUGAUUUUGUUUUCAUGCCACGGUGGUGUUGAUGUCGGCGAUGUCAAUGAAAAUUGCCAAAUGCUCGAGGUUCCAGUCGAUAUAGAGAAUUCGAUGGUGCCUGAAAUCUCUUUAAUCGCUAGUCUACUUCAUGGAGUUGACGAGAAACUAGUCGUAAAACUCGGCUGGUUCAUCGAUGAGCUAUAUCGUGCGUACAAAAGCUAUCACUUCACCUAUUUGGAGAUCAACCCACUUGUGAUGAACGAUACUGGAAUUUACAUUCUUGAUCUGGCGGCGAAGGUGGACCAAACCGCCUCGUUUCUUUGCAAGACAAAGUGGAUGUCACGAUACAACGAGCCAAUCGAAUUCCCUGCACCAUUUGGACUCGCAAUGUCGACCGAAGAGAAAUUCAUCAGCUCUCUUGAUGAUGUGACUGGAGCCUCGUUGAAACUCACCAUUCUCAAUCGUAAAGGACGGAUCUGGACGAUGGUUGCUGGCGGUGGUGCCAGUGUCGUUUAUGCUGAUGCAAUUUGCGAGCUUGGCGGCGUCGCGGAAUUGGCAAACUAUGGAGAAUACUCAGGAGAUCCAAGUUUGGAAGAAAUUAGAAACUACGCAUCGACCAUCCUUUCCUUGAUGACUGAAGGUGAGCCACAUCCCGACGGCAAAUUGCUCUUCAUCGGUGGAUCGAUUGCCAACUUUACCAAUGUUGGAGAGACUUUCCAGGGUAUCAUCCAAGCGAUCGAAAGUUUUGCAUUGAAACUCCAAGCCCACAACAUCUCCAUCUACGUUCGAAGAGGUGGACCAAAUCACAAAGAAGGCUUGCGCAAGAUCAAGGAUGCUGGAAAACGCUUGGAUCUCCCCAUCUUCGUUUAUGGACCCGAGACGCCAUUGACCGCGAUUGUUGGCGCUGGAUUGAAGGGCGAUGAUUUGCCAGAAGACGUUCAAGACAACCAUUCAAAUUUUGUUGUAUCGGCGGACGGUUCGAUCUCGUGCAAACACGCCAAGCAGCAAUCGCUGGAAGAGCUGGAAGAGCUUAACGAUGAUACCGUGUCGACUUACAUGAACAACAUCUCCUCGGCUUCUUCUCUCAAAUCGUUUGCCGGAACCGCCAGUGAAGCGGAAGUUGCCGCCAAGUCGUUCACCCUCAACGAAAAGACGACAGCUGUUGUUUGGGGACAGCAACAGAAGGCGAUUCAGGGAAUGUUGGAUUUCGAUUGGGCGUGUGGCCGUGCAACGCCGUCUGUGGCAGCUUCAACUUAUCCAUAUUCGGAUAACACCAUGAACAAAUUCUACUUUGGCCAAGAGGAGAAGUUUUUGCCAAGCUAUCGCUCGAUGAAAGAAGCAUUUGAUGAAACAAACGCGACGGUGUUGGUAUGCUUUGCAUCUUACCGCUCUGCUUACGAAGUCGUUAAAGAAGCGUUGGAAGAAAUUCCUCAACUGCAACUUGUUGCCAUCAUUGCCGAGGGUGUACCUGAGCGACUAACUCGUCAUUUGAUCAAGAUCGCCGAUACAAAGAGGAUUACGAUUGUUGGACCGGCGACAGUUGGCGGCAUCAAGCCUGGAUGCUUCAAGAUUGGAAACACUGGUGGGAUGAUCGACAACAUUUUGGCGUCCAACCGCAAUUCCGAUGGCGUUUACGAAGGGGUCGCAAUUGGUGGCGAUCGAUAUCCUGGUUCGACUUUCAAGGAACACGUUGCACGUUACAUCCUUGAUGAAAAUGUGAAAAUCAUCGUUUUGCUUGGUGAAAGUGGAGGGCUUGAUGAAUACGAGGUGAUCAAGAUGAUGUCCAAACUUAAAGUCAAGAAGCCAAUCAUCGCCUGGUGCAUUGGAACUUGCGCUAAGUACAUCAAAAAAGAGAUUUCAUUUGGCCAUGCUGGAUCAGGAGCUGCUUCACAACGUGAAACAGCCAUGGCGAAGAAUGAGGCAUUUAAUAAGGCCGGAUUUAAAGUACCAAAAGCUUUUGACGGAUUAGGCCAAUUGAUCUACACUAUUCAAGAGGAACAUAUCCAAAACAAACUGCUUUACGGAUCGAUGCCUCACUUGCAAAACAGCGCUUUGCUCUCGUCGGAUUCGUCGGAUGCCGAGAACGAGGAUUUCGAGCAAAUCGCAAAUCCUCGUCCAGUGCCCGUGUUGACUGCUCUCUCUCCACCGAUGCAUCAACAAAUAUCCAACUCUUCAUCGGCGAUUCCUCAACGAUUUGAUGCUACACCUCAAGGCAAGCCAAGCUCUUUGAGAAAUCCGCCAAAAUAUGUGGAAAAGUCGAUUGAAGAAGAGAAAAAAUGUAUCAAAGCGGGCGGAGAUCGAACGAAACUGGCCAAUCUGAAGCGCUGUUUGGAUGAGUAUCGACAGGAACGAGCCGCCAUUGAGCACGCCUUGCAAUCCGGCGGAAAUCAUCAGCAACACAUCACCACCGAUGAUCAAACUGUGCGCGGAUAUUCGAUGAAUCAACAACAAAGCGUGCAAAAGUUUGCCCCACCAACGUACAAUGCGGUGGUGCAAAAGUUUGCCCCACCUUCUGAUGAUGGUUUCAGGUUCUUUUUCUGGGGAGGUGGUUUCUUCGAGAAGUUUCGCCGUCUCUUCUUCGAA